AUGAGGCGUAACAAAAUUGCCAUAGAUGUGAUUGAUAGGAAGAAAAACAAAGCACUUUCAAUGGUUAGAGAAACUCCUUUGCCAUCUAUUUUAGCUCGCAACAAAAAUCCACAUCCAAUUUCAGUGACACUUGUCAAGCAUAUUGCAAACAAUAACACUCCCCGUAAUUUAUGUAAUCGCAACAAUGUCCUAUUGGAAAAUAAACACGUGUCACUAUAG